AUGGAUAUCCAAGUUCCUAUUUGCCUGAACAAGUCGGAUAGACCAGCUUCGGAUCAAUGUCCCCAGAAGCAAGGAGUAUGCACGCAUGUUUCAACGAGAACACUGAAAAAACCUAAUUCAGCUCCACGUAAGAUAGCCAAAGUACGGUUGAGCAAUCGACAUGACAUACUUGCUCACAUUCCAGUAGAAGGUCAUAAUUUGCAGGAACAUUCUAUGGUGUUAAUAAGAGGAGAUAGAGUGAAAGAUUUGCCAGGUGUGAAAUCCCAUUGUAUUCGAGGAGUCAAGGAUUUGCUAGGAAUUCCGGAUCGAAGAAGAGGCAGAUCAAAAUAUGGUGCAGAAGAUAUAAGUUGGGUCAACCCUGGUUUUGUCAGCCUGAUCUGA